AUGGCUAUUGCUUCCAUCGGAGAAAUGAUCCAACCAAUAAGAGUUCCGAUCUGGCGACUGAUCUUUGAUCAAGGCUAUGUUUCCCAGGCCGUCCUCAAUCAUAGCUACAAUGGCUCUGGCACCGAUGAAGAUCCAUACCAGGUCUUCUGGCUGGACCACGACCCGCGUGAUCCUAUGGGGUUUUCUGUGCCGUCCAAAUGGUUCAUCAUGGCCCCUUGCGGCCUUUGCUACGCUAGCGGUGGCGUUGGGAGUCUCAAUGAAGUUAUCUUGGAUUUUCAAGUCAGCGAGGAAGUUGCCCUCUUAGGCAUCUCAUUCUUUGUUGUAGGGUUUUCUGUCGGGCCCUUGAUCUGGGCACCCCUGAGUGAGCUCUAUGGCCGUCGACCUAUUAUGAUCGCUAGUGCUACUGGUCUGACCGCAUUCACGGCGGGCGCAACUGGGUCUAAAAAAUAUUUGAACUUUAGUUAUCCUCCGUUUCUUCGGAGGGGCAUCGGGAUCAGCGCCUUUUGCUGUGUCAGGCGGAAUCAUCGCGGAUACUUUCCCUGCCAUCACCCGCGGCAUAGCCAGUGGGUUUCAGCCGGUUGGCGCUGGGUUGAGGGUUUGGUUGCGGCAUUCGCUGGAGUACUGGGAAUUCUUACUAUACUCACACUACCAGAGACGUAUGCCCCGGUCCUAUUGAGGAAACGCGCCGAGCGUCUCUCGGCCAUGACGGGUCACGUUUACCGAAGCAUGCUCGACAUUGAGAAAGGCAGGGCAUCCCCGGCGACAGUCUUCAAAACUGCUCUUUGCCUGCCAUGGAUUCUCCUUUUCCGUGGACCUAUUGUCCUACUUUUCUCGGCUAACAUCUCCAUUAUUUUUUAUCUCCUUUUCGCCGCUAUACCCAUCGUGUAUGAGGGGAACCGCGGUUGGAGUGAAGGCCUCAGCGGCCUCGCCUUCCUGGGGAUCCUGGUCGGUAUCAUUAUCUCGGUGGUGGCAACAUUUCCAAGGUAUUUCCGAUACAAGAAGAAGACACUUUGUACCCCCGGUCGAGUUCCUCCCGAAGAAAGACUUUUUGAUGCCUUAAUCGGUGCCGUUGCGCUGCCUGUGGGGCUUUUUUUGUUUUGCGUUCAUUGGAUGGCAUCCAUUGCGGCCGGAGUUCCAUUUGGGUUCGGCAUGGUGAUGGUGUUUCUCCCCGUCUUGAACUACCUGCUCGAUGCGUAUACUAUUUAUGCUGCAUCUGUUAUGGCGGCUAAAGGUUCCUUGCGCUCAAUCUUUGGCGCUGCGUUCCCCCUAUUCACCAAGCCUAUGUACGACAAUCUUGGCAUUCACUGGGCCUCCUCUAUCCCUGCUUUUCUGGCCCUUGCAUGCGUACCUAUGCCGUUUUUGUUCUAUAAGUAUGGCGCGGUCAUUCGAAAAAAGCGCAUUAUGCUUCACAAUCGGAUGCCUUUAUGGAAAAGAUGA